CUCUUAAAAUUUCAGAUGGGAAAGCCAGGAUUUUCACCAGGCGGAGGUGGAGGUGGCUUUAGAGGAGGUAGGGGUGGAGGAGGAGGACGAGGGGGUGGUGGUGGUGGAUUUAGAGGAGGUAGGGGAGGAGGAGGAGGUCGAGGAGGAGGUGGUGGACGUGGUGGAGGAAGAGGUGGAAGUACUCCUCGUGGACGUGGUGGCAGAGGAGGAGGAGGUGGAAGGGGCCGUGGAGGUGGUGGCUUCAAAGGUGGCAAAACUGUUGUUAUAGAACCACAUCGCCACGAAGGAGUUUUUAUAGCUAGGGGAAAAGAAGAUGCGUUAGUAACAUUAAAUUUAGUGCCAGGUUCAGAAGUAUAUGGCGAGAAAAGGAUCAGUGUUGAGGGAGAGAAUGGUGACAAAAUUGAGUACAGAGUUUGGAAUCCAUUCAGAUCAAAAUUAGCUGCAGCCAUACUUGGUGGUAUAGAUCAAAUUCACAUGCCACCUGGUUGCAAAGUUUUAUAUUUGGGUGCCGCGUCUGGAACAACGGUAUCACAUGUAGCAGAUGUUGUUGGCCCAGAAGGACUAGUCUAUGCGGUGGAAUUUUCUCACAGAUCAGGUAGAGAUCUCAUAAAUGUUGCCAAGAAACGGACAAAUAUCAUUCCUAUAAUCGAAGAUGCAAGACAUCCUCAUAAAUACAGAAUGCUAAUUGGAAUGGUAGAUACUAUAUUUGCCGACGUAGCACAGCCCGAUCAGGCCAGAAUAGUAGCUUUGAAUGCUCAAUAUUUCCUGAAGAAUGGAGGACACUUCGUUAUUUCUAUUAAGGCAAGCUGUAUAGAUUCCACGGCUCAGCCUGAAGCAGUAUUUGCAGCGGAAGUAAAAAAACUUAUUGCCGACAAAUUGAAACCUCAGGAACAGAUUACAUUGGAACCAUACGAAAGAGAUCACGCCGUCGUAGUUGGUAUCUUUAGGCCACCCCCUAAGAAAGUUACCUAAAAUUAUGUAUUUGUAUAUAUGUAUCAUCUAAUUAUUAAGAUCGGUGAAAAUCGAUAUUGACCAUCAUCCCUUAGUAUGUAUGCAAUAUCUUUUGAUUAAUUGACUGCAGUUAAAAUUUCCCAAAAUUUCAUGAAACUUGUGAAUGCGAAGACGGAAACAGUAUGUAAUAUAAUGUAAAGUAUAUAAUUAUUGUGCAGACAGUUCGAAUGUUUUUCCACAAAUGCAAUUUACGUCAUUAUUGUACCUGUAUAGUCGGUACGUCAAAAGAAACGUAUAUGCAUGAUUGUUUAAUACAAAGUUUAUAUUUUAAAUAUCUUGAAUGAUCAUUUCGCUAAUACUUUCAUACAGAUAAAAGAAUUUAAUAACA